AUGUCUGAUUGUGUCGCACUGUUCAAUGCAUUAUUCUUUCAUUGGUUGCAACCAACAUAUUUAGCUUUGAGACUUGUAAAAGCAUUGUCAAACAGAUCAUUCGCACGAUUGGUAGAUCACUGGUGUAGGUGAUAAAAUAGGAUGGAAGAAGGAAAAUUUAAUGUAAAUCUGUACGCAACGAUAAAGAAUUGUUAAGGAAAAUACGAUUUUGAGCGAAGUUCGGUUGAUAGUGAUGCUUUGUUAAUGUAUGUACAUUAUGGUAAAAUGAUGACACAUGAUUUAAAAUUUUUCUUUAAAACGAUUUUUUUGAUAUUGUACGUAUUUUCCCAUUCUUCUUACGCUUUGUCACGGUUUUUCCAAUAUUUUUAUGAGGCUGGGAACAUAAAAAAUGACAUCAUUAAAGUUACAAAUACCAACGCAGUCAAAUUUUAUUUCAAAAAAAAUUUAAGUAAAAUAGUUCACAGAAAAUAAAGAGCUACGAGAGGAAAUAUAAAAUAUUUUAAGAACUUUAAAAUAAAAAUUAAUUGAAACAAUUUUAAUACAAUUAUGUCGAUUGUAACACAGUAAAAUAUAUCAUUCAAAAUAGUAUCAUUCUUUUAAAUUAUUUGCCAGUUUUGCUCAAUUAUUAAUAAAACAAUCCAGAUUAUUAGAAAACGACUCUCUUAAUAACUUACAAAAUAAAAAUAAAACAAAAAGUGUUCUUUCGUAUUUUAUGAUUAGAACUAUAUUUAUUGUAGAAAACAUACAUUUUAAAAAACAGUUUUGCUUACGUGCAGCAAGGAGCACUAAAAACAGUGAAGAGUCGGAAAGGACAAACACGCCCAAAAAUGAUUUUGGGUACCAGGGGAGCAUGUGGUAUGACGUCGUUGCCACCGUUCGGUGUACUGUCUUUCGCGAUGUGUGCCGACGGUGGCACGGGGCGGUUCAUGUAUGAUAAGAGCACGUAUUUAAAAAUUAGAACAUAA